GGGAUAACGUUUAUGACACUCAGGGGAAAUCUGAAAAAUUGAUGAAUAACACCUUCUCUUUUUGUUUUCUUUUUUCUGUUGGUCUAUCUACCACUCUGUCUAUAUCCUUUUGCUUCUCUUCCGAUCUCUCCUGUCUGUGUGUAUAUUUUGAGUGUGCGUCUCUGUCUCUAUAAAUUAUCAUUGAUUUUGCAGCAAAGAAGUACGAUGUCCUUCUCGAGCAACUGUCUACGGAGAUAUACACUAUGCCCAUAUUGCUCAAUAUGGCGUCGAAGUUGGAAUACCGAGCAAAGGAUGUCAUUUGUCAGAUUGAACAAAGCUCAGCACCACCAACAAAACAAAGGCUACAGAAUGCUGCAAUCGAGCUACUUUCAAAGUGGGUGGAGAAAGGAGGGAAACGAGAUGAACUCCUCCGUGCUCUUCAAGCGAGGCAUCUUACCGAACCGGCAGAAGUAGUCUCGACUGCAAUUCAACAAGAACCUGGUCUAGCGGACUCGUUUACCUUUACGACGAUUGACAACGAGGGAGGUGACAUUCAACUCGGAGAAGGGGAUAUACAGCUGUCUCUUCCGCCCGGUGCACUUGGAGAAGAGACGUGUGAAGUUGUCACAGUCAAGGUUCCAAACCAUGCGCCAGAAGUGACCUGUGAUGAGGAUGAAGUCCAGGCAUCACCACCAGUCCUGUGCACUCCUUCUGGCUUGACCUUCGAUGAGCCAGUCAAACUCACCUUCCCUCACUGCACGAGUUUAGACAAGAUAACAGAUGAAAGUGAAGUCAUCCUUUACACCAGUCACGGAACAGCCGAUUACACUCAAGAAAAACUAUCUCGAAAAGACUUCACCAUUACAGAUGACUCAGUCGUGGUGAAUGUUCGUCACUUCUCAUUGUUCAGGAUCGGCAUGAAAAAGAUUGGAGGUGUGAAAUUGGGGUUCUUGCCGCUUCACAAAUUGGUUAUGCCGCCGUCAAGAAAACCCAUACUCCGUGUCAUCUUCUAUCACAAGUACAAAAGAAAUGAAUCGAAAAUUUAUAAGGAGUAUGAGCAGCUGAACCAAGAAUUCUGCAAAGCGGCACCCCCUACCGAAGUGUUAAUGAACACGCUGAACGAGGACCUCACGAUCGUAUGCUCGGAUGGUAGAAAAGAAAUCAACGGGAAGAUUACUCAUACAAACCUGCGGGGAAAGAAAUCAAACAGGACAGAAUUUGAGUUGGAUUUCUGCAAGGAGUACGGUUCAAAGAACAUCAGAAUAACUCUUUUUCAAGGGUCAAAUGAACUGGAGUCUUCACUUUUUGAUGUUCUGAUGCAAGAACCUGAGCCCACCAUACCCCAGCAGGUUGCUCCCGAUCCUUCCUUAACGAGAUCUUUUGAGGGCUGUGGGACAACUCAAGAGGAAAACUUGAAAUUGGUGGAACUAUCGGAAGAGAUCCCUCAUACUUCAGUAUUCAAGUUAAGCCUGAAAUUGGGAUUUUCAAACGCUAAGGCAAUGCGAUUUGUUGAUACAAAUACGAGAGGCGCAGUAGUUGGUACCAUGGGCACUCUCCAGAUGCUACAUGAGUGGCUGAAGAAAACAGAACCACAGUUGCGAAAUGAAACUCUAGAGCAGGCUCUAAUGUAUUGCGAAUUGGCAGAAGUUGCCGAAAUAGAAGUAUUCACAUAUGUACCGGUUGAUGUACAUGAAGAAGAUGAGGCCGAACAGUCUACAUCCACGCGGCUGGUACAGAAACCUGGUUUUGAAGGAUCAACGUCAUCAGGUUUGGGAAUGGUCUCAUUCAAGAACAGGCAUUACCGACUCGACCGCACUACUAAGAGUCAGAGAGACAUAAACGGUCGCUUCUCACUUACAAAUUGAAAUUACUCACAAUAUGUCGUACAAUUUACCGGUGAGGUCCGGUUUAGUACUGCACAAAAUGUUUUUAUGAUGUAUUGUAGGUUGUCAUACCAACGUUUAUACAUUGUACAUAUGUAUACAAACAGGUUCAUUUUACUAUGUUUGCACUCCAUCCUGUCUGAACACCGUUUUUUACGAAUUAUUUUCCAUACUUCUUAUAUGGUUUCUCAAUGAACACAAUGCGUAUGUAAUUCGAUGACAUUAUUCACUCCUUGUGUUGUAAUAAAAUUGCAUUAAAUACUCAUUUUGUUUAAUUACCUUUGAAAAUCGAAUGGGAUAUGACAUGGCUUUGUAUAUAGACUAAUUUAAUAAACUUCUAC